AUGAGAUCAACUGUUCAAAGAAUGAGCCUUUGGAUUUGUAGUCGUAGAUAUCUCAAGCCGUCUAGCUGGGGCAGCACACCGGGCGUCGUCGCUCGAGCACAUAGCACACUUCCGCAAAUAGCCCUAAGGGUGUGGCCCUUGCUAUUGAUCUCUCGAAAUCUAUCAUCGGAGGAGCUUCUCGACUCGGUCAAAAGAAAACCAUAUCCUCAUGGUCUCGCCCACAGGUCAAGGGCCGUACCACCCGUAACGUGCCCAGGUCGCUUCCGUCAAGAGGUAUUACGCGCAUAUCCGAAAAUGUAG